AAAGCAGUUUCGUAAACGGAGGAAGAUGGAAGUGGUGGAACGAGUGCAAGCCAUGGUUUCAUCAUCUCGAACCAAAGACAACAUACCCAUAGAGUUUAUUCGACCGGAAGAUGAACAGCCUGCGAUCACAACGUUCCACGGACCGAUCCCCGAUAUCCCCAUCAUCGAUUUCGGUGACCCAAACCAUGAAAACAUCAUCCGUUCAAUGGCCGACGCUAGCCGAGAGUGGGGAAUAUUUCAGGUGGUGAACCACGGGAUACCCUUGGAUCUUAUUCAAAGAUUGCAACUAGUUGGCAGGGAGUUCUUCGAUCUACCGCAGGAAAAGAAAGAGGUGUACGCUAAACCACCUGGUGCACCUUCCAUUGAAGGGUAUGGAAGCAAGGUGGGAAGAGAUGUUAAUGGAAAGAAGAACUGGGCUGAUCACCUGUUCCACCGGAUAUGGCCUCCUACGUCUAUUAACUACCAUUUCUGGCCCAAAACUCCUCCUUCUUACUGUAAGGUGAACGAGGAGUAUGCGCAAGAGGUGAGGAAGGUAGUGGAUACGCUAUUCAGAUGGCUGUCAAUGGGGCUAGAGCUUGAAGCAGAUGUGCUGAAACAGGGAGCAGGAGGAGAGGAGAUUGAGUAUAUGAUGAAGAUAAACUAUUAUCCGCCAUGUCCACGCCCUGAUCUUACACUUGGGGUGCCUUCCCACACUGAUCUCUCCGCCAUCACUGUUUUGGUGCCCAAUGAGGUCCCUGGAUUGCAAGUCUUCAAAGAUGGCCUUUGGAUCAACACCAAAUACAUCCCCGGCUCCCUCAUUAUUCAUAUUGGCGACCAGAUUGAGAUACUAAGCAAUGGGAAGUACAAGGCAGUGCUGCACCGGACGACAGUAGACAAGGAGAGAACGAGGAUGUCAUGGCCGGUCUUCUUGGAGCCACCGGCGGAAUUUGUGGUUGGUCCACUUCCUCAGCUUGUUGAUCCCCAAAAUCCUCCUAAAUAUAAGCCUAUGAAAUUCAAAGACUAUAGUUAUUGCAAACUAACAAGCUCCCCCAAGUAAAUGAACUCUAAUAACUAUAUCUAAAUAAAUAAAUGAAAAUGCAUG